AUGCAUACAUCAAUGUUGGUGGACCAUUAUUCUAAUUGGUCACAAAUUAUGCCUGAUCGGGAAAUUGAACACGUAAGAAAGACAUACGUAAGGAACAUCCAUAGAUUGUUAGUAUCUACCGUCAUACAGUGGUGCAGUAUGGGGCAGUCGGGCCUGGCAGCAAUUACCCUUAGGAUGCCGUUGUUGCUGGCGAUGCAUCAUCGAGUUAUAACAGAAGAGAUGCCGAGUCGGCUGAUGGCGACAAUUUUUCAACGCAAAGCGCGAAUGAAACAAUCCCUGAUUAAUCCGCCGGUGAGACUAUUGAAGCUCAACUUUUAA